AUGAAUCUUAACCUGUUUCAGGAGCUGAAAGAAGAUAAAUCCGACGGUUACUUAACCGUAGAUGACCAGCGUCCAGAAGAAAAGGAAAGAAACGGAAAAGACGGGGAAUUUAAAUUCCCUAGACGAGGGAAGAAGAAGGAUAAGAAAGAUAAGACAAAGAAAUCAGAGGAAAAGAAGGAAGACAAGGAAAAUCCACAAGUAGAGGCCAUGGAGGAAGAAGUCCCCGACGAGGCAAGCAGAGGUACCACCAAAAGGGCUAGGACAGCAAAUGAAGCGAGUGACGAAGAAAACAACUGCAAAGAAGAGCUCCUAAAAGAGCUAGCAGCCCAAAAAGAACUAAUAAGACAGCUGUUCGAAGCCACCAAAACCAGAGAGGCCCAGUACGAGGUACGGCUGGUGAAAAAUGAUGAAGAGAUAGACCAGCAGAGGGCCGAAAUAGCGGAGCUGAAGAAAGAAAUAUUGGAGAUGAAAGACGUGAUGGUCAAGUCACAAAAGCAGGUGGUGGACCGGUUAGUCGUGCUGAUGGAAGCCCGAAGCUAG